CUCCUCCAGGCUCACAGAGUGAGGUGUGGCUCCCCAAUGGACUCUGCUCUCUCUCUGAUCGUUCUGUGCCUCUCCGCCGCCUCUCCCAGACGCACAGAGUGAGUUGAGGAGCUGCAAUGGACUCUGCUCUCUGCCUGAUCCUUCUCUACCUCUCCGUCGUGAUGAUAAGUGGAAAUGGUUUCACUGUGUCCCAGCCUGAGCGCCUAGAGGGGUUGAUAGGGAAAUCGAUCAAUAUCCCCUGUUCAUUCACUUACCCAGAAACACAUAAACCCAGAAAGAUUAACAUUUGCUGGAGAAGAAAUGAAUUUCACGGAGAGUUUAUAUUCAACCUCUCACGGAGAUACACUCACCCUCAUUACUUCGGCCAGAUUGAUUUCCUGGGAAGUCCAUAUCAGGAAAACACUGGAACCAUCCGGAUAAACCACCUGAAACAGCAUGACCAGAACAGGUAUUUCUGUCGUGUGGAGAUAACAGGAAAUUAUAACGAGCAGUGGCAAAGCAUCACUGGAACAUUCCUCACUGUACGAGACCUUACCCUUGUCCGCACCAGCACUGCCAAAAUGAUUGAAACCACGGUCAGAGACACUCAUGGACAACAAGUUGGUAAAGGUAAAAAAGCAUCCUCCCGGGACCUUGUUUUGAUUGGGUGCAGUGUAGGGGUCCUACUGCUCAUCGCCCUGGGCCUGGUAGCUGCCAUUUGCAUCUGGAGAAAGAAACGCAAGCAGCAGAGAGGGAACAUCGGGCAAGUGGACAAGGAGGACAUUCUGGCCCUGAAUGACAAUCCAGCCAAGAAAAGGGAUCAACGCCAGACAGAUCCUCCCAAUCAACCCCCACCUGCUAAUGUCCCUGUCGGCGAGGGCGACGAAUCAGGAGGAAUUGUCUACGCAUCCUUACAACUGAAAGGAAACCCAACAGCGAGAAGGGAAGUCACACCGCAAGACAACAAUAUGUUAUAUGCAACCGUGAGGUUUCAGGCUGAGACUCAGUAACCUCCCUCCUUGCAUCUGUUGUCCGAAACCCGUGAAUCAAGAAGGAAAAAUCCGAAAUAUGGCCACACCCACUGUACACUCCAUCUUGUUCUGUUGACUUGCCUUUGACAAUUCGUGCCCCCUUACAGCACCCCAUCGCCCCCCCACAACCCCCACCCCAGCACCAAUCCCGGGCCAGAAAAUAUGAGGUUAAGCCGAUGUCAACUUCGAACAGGAACAAGAUGCUACCUUAGCCCUCCGUCCCUCACCCACAACCCCGCACACCACCCCAACCCCCCCUCCACCCGCCAACCCCUGCCUACCCCGCCAUCUUCAUUUAAGAAGGAGAUGGCGGCGCCAAUAACCGGGUCGACUGAGCGGCUGGUUUCGAAUCACCAGCAUGGGGGGGAGGGGCAGGUGCCCGGGAGAGGAGGGAGUUGAUUGUGAAGGUCCCUGCGGUUAACUAGACUGAUGUGGCUCACUGCCUCACCGUGAGCAAUGGCUGGCACCCAAAGUCAUAACGAUUUGAUGUUGGCCAGUCAGUGGUGACUCUCCCGCUGGUUGGUGAGUCCGAUUAUCCAUCUGCAGGUGACAAAGAAAAGUUUGCUUGUUGGGCUUAUUAAUUAAAAAGAAUUGCUGUAGAGAGACACAAGUUUCCAAAGCUUUGCAUCUAACAUUAAUUUAAAAGGGAGAUGAGUGAUAAUAUUACUGAGCUGGCUAUUCAAAGGCCCAGGCUAAAUCUCUGGAGACAUGGGUUCAAAUCCCACCAUGGCACCAGGUCAAGUUUGAAUUCGGUGAAUAAAAUGUGGGAUGCAAAGCUGGUCUUAGUGAUGGUGAUCAUGAAACUGUCAAUGGUUGUGUCUUUAAAUGCCGUCUUGUUCACCAAUGUCCUUCAGGGAGUGAAAAUGACCAUCCUUAACCCGGCUUGGCCUACCUGUGAUGCCAGACCCACAGCAAAGUGGCUGACUCUUAACUGCCCUCUGAAAUGGCUGCGCAAAGCCAUUCAGGUCAAGGGCAAUUAGGGACGAGCAACAAAUGCUGGCCUUGCUACAUCCCGUGAAAGAAUUUUUUUUCAAAAGAUCCAUCAGGACAAACCCAAGAAUACCAAAUUUCAAGGGAUGGCCACAAUUUAUAGCACAGGAGGAAAGACUGCUGAUUGGGUGGCAAGUUGACUCUGAUUGGCUCAGGUGUUACCAUGGAGAAAGCAACAGAAUGCCAACUUUCAAGGGAUGGCCACAAUUUAUAGCACAGGAGGAAAGACUGCUGAUUGGGUGGCAAGUUGACUCUGAUUGGCUCCCAAAUCUCCCCAAACUAUAGGCAUGCCCCUCUUUUCAGCACUAUUCAAGUUCUAUACUACCUUAGCAAAUGUGAAUUAAAAAAAAGGACUGAGUUGCAUCUGUAUAGGGACUUUCGCAACCACGAAGCAGCCCAACAUGCUUUCCAGCCAAUGAAGUGUAGUCACUGUUGUAAAGUAUGAAACGCAGCAGCCAAUUUGUACACAGCAAGAUCUCACAAGCAGCAAAGUGAUAAAUAAUUGGAUAACCUGUUGGUUGAAGGGAUGCAUUUUGGCCCAGGACACUGGGGAGAAACCCCCUUGCUCUUUUUUUGAAUUAGUGACCGUUGGAUCUCUCACAUACAGCAGACAGGAACUGGCCAGAUCCUAAAUACCAACACCCAGUAUAAAUAAAUGCUGACCCGCUCCCCGUGUAUGAAUAUGUUUUUUUUAAAAACGCCACCGGACUAGUAAUCCAAAGGCCCGCCUCU